GAAUGAAGCCCCGCCCCCUGGUUGGCAGGUCGCUGUCAACACGGAACUGAGCUGUGCACCGUUCCAUCGCUGUUGCAUACGUUCAUGUGAUAUAGACUCACUCCGAGCACAUUUUAUUUCUUCCUGACUGGUGUUUGUGUUGUCCUUCACAAUGUUCCGCUUGCGGGCAUUGUCCGCUCUAUGGGUUGGCGUGGCACACUUCUCCAGGCGAUACCACCAAAAUGGAACAGUUAGAGGAUCUGGCCAAAAGAGGAUAAUGGUGGCAGCUUUAGCCGGGGUAACUGGUGUUUCUGCAAGUGCUGGACUGCUCUGGAAAAGAGCGUAUGCUGAUGCAGGGCCGUCAGUGCAACACUCCGAGAUGCAAGAUGGAGAGGCGGAUUUUGUAAAAGAUUCAGAGUCUGAGUCAGAGAAAUCAGUCAAGGCCAGCAGUGGUGAUGACGAGGCUAAGAAUGAAAAUGGCGAAGGGAAAAAAAAGAAGCCACGCAUUGGAUUCCGUGACCGCAAGGUGAUGGAGUACGAAAACAGAAUACGGGCUUACUCAACGCCAGACAAGAUUUUUCGCUACUUUGCCACACUGAAGAUCAUCGGUGAGCACGGAGAUACUGAGGUCUACAUGACACCACAGGACUUCAUACGCUCUAUCACGCCAAAUGAGAAGCAGCCAGAGAAUCUUGGCCUUGAUCAGUUCAUUGUGAAACGCUAUGAUGGAAAGGCCCUGCUAAAGACAGCAGAGGCCACGCACUGUUCUCUAACAGUUGUUUCUCCUCCUUCCUCCUCCUGUGAAAUGGACCUCCUACAGACGGAGAAGAUAGCCCAGGAGAGGGAGAGGUUUGCAGAUGAAGACAGUAUUUUUUACUCCCUGGGAGAAUGUGGCCUCAUCUCUUUCUCCGACUACAUCUUCCUCACCACUGUGUUGUCCACUCCCCAGAGGAACUUUGAGAUUGCGUUUAAGAUGUUUGAUCUCAACGGUGAUGGCGAAGUGGACCUGGAGGAGUUUGAACAGGUCCAGAGCAUUAUCCGCUCUCAGACGAGCAUGGGCAUGAGACACCGCGACCGCUCCACCACAGGAAACACUCUGAAGACAGCCGGCUGCAGCUCAGCACUCACCACAUACUUCUUUGGAGAAGACCUGAAGGGAAAACUCACCAUUGGAAGCUUCCUAGAGUUUCAGAGGAAGCUGCAGCAUGAUGUGCUUAAGCUCGAGUUUGAGAGGAAUGAUCCAGUUGAUGGACGAAUCUCUGAGAGACAAUUUGGAGGUAUGCUGCUGGCCUACAGCGGUGUUCAGUCUCGUAAACUCAAGCAGAUGCAGAAGGGAUUGAAGAAGAUGUUUAAAGAUGCACAGGGCAUUACUUUUGAGGAAGUUGAGAAUUUCUUUACGUUCCUGAAAAAUGUCAACGAUGUAGACACGGCGUUGAGCUUCUACCACAUGGCCGGAGCAUCCAUAGAUAAAGUUACCAUGAAACAGGUGGCCCGCACUGUAGCCAAGGUGGAGUUGUCGGAUCACGUGUGCGACGUGGUCUUUGCUCUGUUCGACUGCGACGGGAAUGGCGAGCUCAGUAAUAAGGAGUUCAUUGCCAUCAUGAAGCAGCGGCUGAUGCGUGGGCUGGAGAAACCCAAGGACAUGGGCUUCACUCGCCUUGUGCGCGCCAUGGUGAAGUGUGCUCAGGAUACUGCCUGGGACUUUGCAAUGCCAAAGACAUAAAGGGGCAGCAAAAGGUGACGUGUGAGUGGGAGUAAGAGCACCAUUAGAGACAUUUUUCUCCGACUGUUCUUACAAACGUAAAGAACAAAUACAAUGGAAACUGCAGCGCUAUAGGCGAUGUUGGUGGUUUUCUAGGCCAACUGUAAACUUGAACAAUGCAUGAGUGCCCUUAAUUGUGCAUCAUUAAGGUGUCACACAAAUAUGUAUGAAAACAAUAUACAAGCAUAUAUUUACUCUUUGCCAAAGUGCGACAUUCAACAGCAUGUGACCCUUUGUUAAAUGCUAAGAGCAGCUAGAAACUUUGACUAAUAUUCAAAAUGUUUCCCCUUUUGCAUUUUUAGGUAGCCUUAACUUCUUCUACCCUUUGAAGGGGAACUGUUUUUUAUUUUUUUUGACUCUCAAUCUAAAUCCUUGUGUAAGACAAAAACACACGUCUUUUUCUUUUCUUUGCAUUCUAAAUCGUAAUAAACUGCUCGCUAAGGCGGAUAACAAUGCAAGUAAUAAGGAGUCAUCAAUUCCACCAAUAUAGCGCUCUAAAAGACCUUCAAUAUACUGUAAGCAUGUAUGUAAUGUAUUAACAGCAACAUUCAUAACAUGUAAUAAUUAUAGUAUUUUGCUCAUUUUAAACAUUACCGUAACUUCUUUUUUGGGCCUGAAUAUAAUGAGGAUAUACUAGAACAGUGGUUAUUAACCUGGGUUCGAUCGAACCCAAGGGGUUUGGUGAGUCGGCCUCAGGGGUUCGGCGGAGGUCAACACACACCCGACUCAUCGUGUAAAUACAAACUUCUCCCUAUUGGCGUAUUACGGAUACAGCAACAGCUGACUGGUUUGCAGGUGUGUAAUUUGUUGAGUGUUGGUUUUGUUGUUUGAACAAGGUGAUGUUCAUGCACCAGUAAAAAAACAUGGUAACACUUUAGUAUUGGGAACAUAUUCACCAUUAAUUAGUUGCUUAUUAACAUGCAAAUUAGUAACAUAUUGGCUCUUAACUAGUCUGUAUUAAGUACUUAUUAAUGCCUUAUUCGGCAUGGCCUUAUUAAAGUACCAAUGAUUGUCACACACACACUAGGUGUGGCGAAAUUUGAUUAUAACCCAACCCUCUAACCCUGACCCUAACCAAAUAACUCUAAAUUAAGUCUUUGUUACCUAAAAUAUGUUCCCCAUACUAACGUGUUACCAAAAACAUAUAGCUUUGUCUUGAAUUUGGAAAAAAAUAUAUAUAUAUAUUUUUCACUAAAGAAGGGUUCGGUGAAUGCGCAUAUGAAACUGGUGGGGUUCGGUACCUCCAACAAGGCUAAGAACCACUGUAUUAGAAGUUUAACAAUUGAGUAAUAAGGAGGUAUUUUGCCACAUUUACACAGAUGUUGAGAGUAUUUUACACAGUAUAUCCUGCCCUCUUUACGGCUUCUAAGACGUAAUGACAUAACUAUGUACGUAUCAUAUGCAUGUAACACAUGCACGCACCUUAGCUUUGGGUGUUGUUAGCUAAUUAUAGCGAUUUGGAUGGUCAUGUAUCUGUCGCCCGGCUAGCUCAGUCGGUAGAGCAUGAGACUCUUAAUCUCAGGGUCGUGGGUUCGAGCCCCACGUUGGGCGUAUGUAUUUUUACCAUGAAUUAACGUGGACCCCGACUUAAACAAGUUGAAAAACUUAUUCGGGUGUUACAAUUUGUGGGUUCUUCCGAGGAUGUUGUAGUCGUAAUGAUUUGUGCAGUCCCUUGAGACUUUUGUGAUUUGGGGCUAUAUAAAUAAACAUUGAUUGAUUGAUUGAAUUUAGUGGUCAAUUGUACGGAAUAUGUACUGUACUGGGCAAUCUACUAAUCAAAGUCAUUAAAUGUAUAUUCUAUCAUAACAUGACUGCAAAUUGUGCGUUGCUUCUCUUGGACUUCUUUUGAAUGUGUGGACGUGCUCUCAGUGCCUAAGUGUUGAUGAGGCCGCUGUAAACACCAAUCAUUUAUUUAUUUAUUUUUUUACCAGGCUGUUAAAAAAAAAUAUCUCAAACUUAGUAAUUGUGAAGAAUAUUGACAAUUCUAAAACAAAUAUGUUCUGUUUGACCACUAAUUGUAACAUAUGAAAUAGCCGGUGGUGUUCUUGCUAUAUUUUUUACUUUGAAAAAUGUAACUGUGAGCAAGUUGCAAACAUCCCAUUUAGCAGUUUCAGCUUUAUUAAAACAUUAAGGCAUCAUAUAUCCGUAUUGGUGAGUGUUAAACAGGAAAAAGAAAGCAUCAACAUAAUAAAACAGUGACUUACAAUGUUUACUCUCACUGGGAUACAGAAUAAUGUGAUUGUUGUAUCUUUCAGAACCAGACAUGUGCUUCCCAUUUUGGAGAUUAAUUCAGCAUUGUCCUCACUUCCCAGGUAAAAAAAAAAAAAGUGACCCAAACGAGAAUCUUGCCGUGUCUUUCUAGCGAUGUCUUGGAGUUGACCAACUCAGGGGUGGUUCAGCUGCUUCUGAGUAGCUGUGGUCAGGGCACUGUAUUUCAAAAAGUAGUUCCUCAGCAAUGGCUUACAGGUGAAACUCCAAAAAAUAGAAUAUCAUGCAAAGGUUUGUUUAUUCCAGCAAUUACAUUUACAAAGUGAAACUAAUUUGACAUAGGCUUAUAACAUGCAACUGAAAAUAUUAAAGACUUUUUUUUAUAUAAUUUGGUGAUUCAGAAAAUGUGGAGUUUUCAAAAACUGUAACCCAUGAUCAUCAAAAAUAUAAUGAAACAUUUUACCUUAUACGUAAGGAAUUUUCAUCCAUCCAUUUUCUACCGCUUAUUCCCUUUGGGGUCGCGGUGCCUAUUAGGACAUGCAAACUCCACACAGAAAAAUCCCGAGCCCGGGAUUGAACCCAGGCCUACUCAGGAUCUUCGUAUUGUGAGGCAGACGCACUAACCCCUGUUACACCUUUCUGCCCUGUAAGGAGUUUAUUUCACCUAUUAGUUUUACAUUUGAGGUUGUAUUGCUUAAAUGAACUGUACUUUCACACAAUAUUCUAUUUUUUUAAGCUUCUGUAUAAUAACAAUGUGGGCAGCAUGGUUGAACAGUGGUUAGUGCAUGUGCCUCAAAAUACGAAGGUCGUGAGUAUUCCUGAGUUCAAUCCCGGGCUCGGUAUCUUUGUGUGGAGUUUGCAUGUUCUCCCCGUGACUGCGUGGGUUCCCUUCGGGUACUCCGCUUUCUCCCACCUCCAAAAACAUGCACGUGGGGAUAGGUUGAUUGGCAUCACUAAAUGGGCCCUAGUGUGUGAAUGUCAGUGUGAAUGUUGUCUGUCUAUCUGUGUUGGCCCUGCCAUGAGGUGGCGGCUUGUCCAGGGUGUACCCCACCUUCCGCCCUAAUGCAGCUGAGAUAGGCUCCAGCACCCGCCGUGACCCCAAAAAAUGGACAAGCGCUAGACAAUGGAUGGAUGGAUAAUAACAAUGUGGCUGUAGCUUGUUAAUAUGUGGGUCAUGGAGCACUAUUGGCGGUUUUGGAAUGUUUUUUAAAAGCGCUUUACAGGCAGAGUAGAUUAUUUCCAUUACCUGUAUUGUUAGCCACUUAUUAUUUUAAUAUUUUGAAUACACAAAAAGAAAGACCAAGUGUGUUUUUGUUUCACAUUAGGAUUGUGAAUGAUGGGCAAAACAUUUUUAAAGUGUAGUUCCACUAUAAAGAUGUUCAUAUUUGUUCAUAUGGGAUGACACAAUGUUUUUUCAUCUGAUUACAUUGCUCACUGAAACACUUUAUACAAAUAAUGUUAUUCAAAUUAAAGGUUUGUGUUUAAUAACAAAUAGAA